GGCUUUGGGGACUGAGCCGCCCGCGCCGGAGGAACAUGCCAGGCCAGUGCCUAGCAACGCCAGGGCGAGCUGAUGGUACCAGGCCAGCUUCCGGAUGUCAGGGCUGCUUCUUUUCUUUCUCAUAAUCUUGGGUAAUCUGAAGCUCUCAAAAUGUUUGCCAAAGCAACAAGGAAUUUUCUUAGAGAAGUCGAUGCUGAAGGGAACCUGAUUGCCGUAUCGAACUUGAAUGACUCUGAUAAGUUACAACUUCUAAGUCUGGUGACCAAAAAAAAGCGAUUCUGGUGUUGGCAGAGACCCAAGUACCAGUUUUUAUCUGUCACCCUUGCAGAUGUGCUCACAGAAGACCAGUUUCUGAAUCCAGUGGUCGUGGAGUCAGACUUUGUGAAAUACGAGGGCAAGUUUGAAAACCAUGUGAGUGGGACCCUUGAGACGGCCCUGGGGAAGGUCAAGAUGAAUGUCGGAGGCAAAGGCCUCGUGGAGAGUCAGUCUUCGUUUGGAACCCUGAGGAAGCAGGAGGUAGACUUGCAGCAGCUUCUCAGACAUGCUGUUGACAGAAAGAUAAAUCUGGAAAACCCUGUGCUGCGGCAGGUGCUGGAGAGGAGGCAUGAGGUCCUGUGCGUCCUGACACAGAAGAUAGUGACGACGCAGAAGUGCGUGAUAUCGGAGCACGUCCAGGUGGAGGAGAAGUGUGGCGGCAUGGUGGGCAUCCAAACCAAGACCGUGCAGGUGUCAGCGACGGAGGAUGGAACGGUCAUCAAGGACACCAGCGUGGUGCUGGAGAUCCCGGCGCCCACCACCGUCGCCUACGGCGUCAUUGAGUUGUAUGUGAAACUGGACGGCCAGUUUGAAUUCUGCCUCCUCCAAGGGAAGCAGGGUGGCUUUGAGCACGAGAGGAGAAGCGACUAUGUCUUCCUGGACCCCCUGCCCUUUCGAGAGUUUGCAUUUGUGGACAUGCCAGAUGGUGGGCAGGGGCCGUCUGCCCCGGAUGGACCACUGGGUGUUUUAAAACAAGUGACCCUGCCCUUGGAGAGGAGUUUCCAGCCCUUUGUGGAGCUGCCCGAGCACCACCAGGCGGCGUUGAGGGGCGUCCUCCAGGCGGUCCUGUUUGAUGAAGAGCUCCUCGUGGUCCUGGAACAAGUGUGUGACGACAUGGUCAGCGGCCUGUCACCCCCGUCGGCCAUACUGGGGGCACUGAAGCCCCCACAGCAGCAGGACCUCACAGCUUUCCUGCAGCUUGUUGGGUGCAGUGUGCGGGGAGAGUGUCCCUGCCCGUUGGACGCCGCCAGCAACCUGAAGCUCUUUUCUGUGGCCUACUUCUUGGUCAGUGCGCUAGCAGAAAUGCCAGAUAAUGCCGCAGCUUUGCUGGGCACCUGCUGUCAGCUCCAGAUUAUUCCUACGCUGUGCCACUUGCUCCGUGUGCUGUCUGUUGAUGGAGAAUCUGACCUUGAAGACGCAGCCCUGGCUCCUCUGAGAGAUACAGAGAGGUUUGGGGUGGUGCAGAGCCUGCUUGCCACAGCCGACGUGAACCUGGAGCGACAGCAGUCGUCUGUGAAAGCUGGCACGUGCAAAGUCCCUAAUGUUUUCCCACUUGUUCUCUAUAUAAGCCUGAAUGGACUCUGUGCGUUAGGCAGAGCACAUCAAUAAUGUCACGUGUGCAUCACAAGUACAUGUUAUCAGCCCAAGGACGGGUACUUUUCAGCAUCGUUAAGAUGCUACUCAGGAGCCUAGGUCAGAUCCCCGUUCAAAGCUGAGCAAGGAAAUGAAUUUACACACGAGUUUGAGAAGUGGUGGCUGUCUGCACUGUGAAUCCCCUCGUGUUUAGCCACCAAGCACUCCAUGAAUGGCUUCUUGUUCAUCAGAGGCCCUCCUGUGCCUGUGAUUUGGUGCACAAGUUAAACUCCAACACCCAGAGAGCUGGAACUUCUAAGCCAGUGCACAGACCAUUUUUCCACAGAAAAAUGGGUCCAUUGAUCACUUAUAUUUCCCACUUUCUUCCUGUUAUACAAAAACAGAUCGGUCUGACACUAGGAUCCAAAAAUUCAUUUUAAAUUGUGAAUGCUGUGAGAAGGCAAUUUCUCUUCAUAGAAGGCUAUGUUCUGAACGUGCUGCAUGCUAUGCAGUGACUGAAAAAUGAACUGUAAAUUCCAUGAGAGUACAUAUAUUCUUCUGCUAAACAAAAUUAUGCUAAAAAAAUCUAAUAGCAGGACACCCUUAGGGGGUCUAGCUUUUGCAUUUUAUUUGGCUUUGCCAUGCUUUGAUGAGCACACAAAUUCUAUGUCGAAAACAAUGUGCUGAUUUCCCAUGCAUUCUGGAUGUCAGAUUUGUAAAAUAUGCAAAAGUGAAAAUAGUUGUACUAAAAUGGUGGCACUAUCCAUGUCUUUUUGUCUGGUUUUCUGAAAUAAGUAUAAAGAACAAACUAUAGGGUGUAGAGAAAAAGGAACACUCAUGCACUGUUGGUGGGAUUGCAGAUUGGUGCAGCCAUUAUAGGAAACAGUACGGAAGUUCUUCAAAGAAUUA